GUGAACGAGAAGCACAUCUAGCAGGUCGAGUUCAGAUAUUGAUAUUAUUAUAAGCAAGUGAAGAUGCUGAUGUAGUAGUAUUUGUAGAUGACGAACUUGUCGACACGACCGUGAUGAAACCUUGACAUCAAGACAAAACCCUCUGCGGCGGGAGCCAGAGCUGCCCUACCACUUCUGGAAUAGGCUUGUAAUGAUGUACAGUCGGAGAACGACGUAGGUCUGGGGGCCCGCUCCUGAUCGUCUACACGACUGAGUUUUUCAAUAAGUGGGUGCGGUCGUCGUGGAGAUUAACUUGAACACUGUCCUCUCGUCCAGCACGCUUGCCAAGAUGGCACCGUCUGUUCCGCGGGAAGUGCAGAAAUGGAUGCAGAUGCUCGCGCUGACGCAUACCAUCAAGGACGCAAAAUUCGACUUGGCGAAUGGGUACCUGAUCGCGCAGAUGUUCCAGCGGUACUACCCGAAGGACUGCUCUUUGUACCAAUACGAAAACGGUCAGUCCAUUCACUGUAGAUCCAACAACUGGGAGAUGCUCUUCCGGCUCUUCAAGAAACUCAAAUUUCCCUGCACUCGGGAAGAGUUCGACGAGGUGCUGCAUCACGUGGACGACGCCGCCGUUUUGUUCCUGUGCAAAGUGUACGAGUUUCUCACAGGAAAGAAGGUUCUUUUUGUUUUUCUUGUUUCGUUUUUACUUUGUUUUAUGCCGAUGCUUUUCAUUCGUCAAAGUCAAGUAAGAAGUAAAGCGCUUAAGUUCUGAUGUCAGACAGUUUGCUUUACUUUUAGCUUUGACUUGUUCUCUCGUGAAAUACGUUUUACGCGGAGAGAACAUGAUGUGCACAAACUCAGGUGGUGCUCUUUGGCAGUCCACAGAAACCAACGGAGCCGAGAUUUGCGAAGCAUACUGCCUCUUGGAAGCUGAAAGAUGCGCAUCUGGAGCGAAUAGAGGACAACAUUCACCGCACUAUAAGACGAAUCCAGACUCUGGAGCGGCACAACGACGAUCUUGCCAGGGAUCGCAUAGGACCGGACGGUGCAGGUAAAUGUAAAUCUAAAUUACUUAUGCUCAACGCAUGCAACGAAAACGACGCUUGCAAGCUCAAACAUUUUUGGUGCUGUAUUUUUUGCCGUGAGCUGGUGUGAAGUAACGACGCUGAUGCUUACUUAGCUGCUUUCAAAGUGAAUGCAUUCUUAUUUCUAAUUCUAGGUGUUCGUCGCUUCAUUGCGCUGGCCAAGGCACACGACACGGCCGACAACGACAAGCUAAGGUCGUUGAAAUCCAAGACGGAGACGGAAGUCACGGACACCCAAGGCCCAGUACGAGAGCAGACGGUGAAUGCCAUGCUCUCGAAAACCGCGGGCAUGCAGAGCAUGAACAGCGUGAGCAGUAACCAAACGACAAGACCAAUCAAGAGUCAACAGACACACACGGCUUCGGUCAUUGCCAAUAUCGGCUUUCACCAGCCGACAGGUAUUUUUUCAUGCACGAUAGAUAGAUGCGGUUCAUCUUCAUACAGCUUGUACUUUUUGCUUUAUGACGUUUUUGCAGACAAUAUCGGAAGAUAUAGAUUUUCGAAACUCGUACGUUUUUGCUCGUGGCUCGAACGGAGCCAUUGGCGAACAUUUUUUUUUCGUUGGUGCUUCUGCUUUCAACCUCUAGCUACGCGCCAUGCAUUUCCUUUUCAUUCAGGUACAAUAAAAGCCACUCUGGACAUCAUAAAGCCACUGAUUCUCGGGGAACUAGACAAGCAGACGUUGGCUCAGGCUGCGGAUUCGGAGGAACUUGACCCAGUUAUGGCCUUUAUCGAGGCAACGCUGCGGGAAGCGCUCCCCGAGCCUUUGAUCUUGAAGCUUUUCAAGGAGAAGUUGAUAGCGCGCGCAUCUCUCUUUAUCGACAGUCUGUUGAAAAGCUCGGUGGAAUUUUGGAAGACCUGGUCGGCCUUUCUCCCACUUCUCAACGAGCUACCUGCAAGAAGCAAAGUUUUCGAAUCCGUAUAACUCUAUUCAAGCAAUUUCGACCCUUGUAUUUCUUUUUGAUUUUUUUUUCCUUCGUCUAUCAUGUAAAAGUAAAAAAAUCUAAAUGUAAAUGCGUUUUUGCUUGUGACGCUGCAUUUCUUGGCUACAAAACACGACAGGCGAUGGACUUCUGGAAGCGGGUCGGAGAGCUUUGCAAAAACCGGGACGAAGCGCUCACGCAAAAGUGCAUGCUUAACGUGUGUCUGCCCUCCCUCGUGCAGCUUAUGCACGCGGAUGCGACGAAGCGAGAGACGUGCUGUCAGCUUGUCUACACCUUCUUAACGGGCGAGGUCACACACGCGGAUCAGAGCGGGUUAAGCUUACCCCGCGCGGUAGCUCGUUUGCAGGCGCUGAAAACCGUGAAGGAUCUUCUGUUCGAAAAAUUUGGCAACAAGUUCGUCACGAGCUACGUUCCGUGCCUAGCGUGCUUCGUGCACUGGGACUGCUCCCCGAGUCAGCCGCUGACCGACCAUUUGCUUGACUUGUAUCUGUAUUACGCCCUGCUUGCGCUGCAAAUGCCCCAGCCACGACUGCGAAUGGCGGGGCUCACACUCCUGACCAGCAUCGCCGGAAGCGGGUACAGCCACCUCAUAUUUGUUUCAUACGUAUUUUCUUCGUCGCCGGCUCGUUUCUUUUCUCAAUAUGAAUAUGAAUCAUGCGAGCCUGAGGCUAGAGUGGUUCACAAACUAACCAGCGCUCACAGUGAGUGCGAGCACAAGACGAGCCGAAAAAUUUUUGAAGCAAUUCGCUUAUUUCCGCUCUACUUGUCCUUGUGCACGAUGAUCCCCAUUAGGCGGUGAGAUUCUUCCACUCCAAAAUAAAAAAUAAUCGAAGGUCGUCCGAUGCGGUCUUGUCUCUGGUCGCAUCGUUGAAGGGCUUGAUGUACGACUCCUGGUGGGAGGUUCAGGCAGGUUUGUUGCUGCUGGUUUCCACACUCUUGCUGAAGUACUUCCCCGGGUACACCACGCAGCCCCUUUCCCCGCAAAACACGACCGCGGUGGAGGAUCUGUUGAAGAUUGUGAAGCACGUCGUGAACCCGCAGACCGCCAGCAAGAAUGUGCUCCAGGUCGGCUUGAGCUAUUUCAGCCGCAACCUGCACCAACUGGUGCUGCCGCCUACAAUAUCAAAUGUAAAAGUGUCUGGGUCUGGAAGAAUGCAAGAUUUGUCAUGCAUAUUUCUCAUGACCCAUAAUGCCUGUAAUGCUUGAACUAGCAUCGCAGACUUUUAGAAGGCUUCCUGAUGCACCUUCCGCAUGAGAAAUGGCCCGUCUGUGUAGCAAAAACUGUACCCAUUUUGCUGGUCAUGCAAUACAAUUUUUUUUAGAGUCCAAAAACAGCAUGACAAGUUCCAAUCUUCCAGACCCAGACAUUUUUACAUGUGAUAUACAACUGCACCACCGAAGGACGAGGACGGCGGGGAGGCACCGCAAACGAACGCCGCUAUUGUGAGGAAAAAUCCCCCCUCCCCAUAUUCAAACAGGAAAUUUGUGAUGCUGAUUUGUGACCACAAAUCAUGUUGUCAUGCUAGAAGGGAAAAGACGCAGACUGUAGUGCUGGCUGGCGUAAGAAGGCCUUGCAUCUUCAGCAUGACAGGAGGCAACUGGAAGUGGGAAACAGCAUCACAAAUUGCCUGCAAUUCAGGCCGCAAGUGCGUCCCUUGGCCUUCUAGCAACACAAGCCGAUUUGGGGAAGCAAAUCCAGCAUCACAAAUUUCCUGUUCGAUAUGGGGAGGGGGGAUUUUUCCUCUUGAUAGCCGCCGUGAAGUCUUUCUGCAUGCUUUACGCAAACGCACUGACCAGCCAGCAGGCGGCCUUCCGUGGGAGGCUGCUGCCCCCAGAGUGCCAGGCCGGCGGGGGAUCGGAGCAGGCCGGCGGCGCCGAGAGCAGCUCCAUCUCGCAGCACCAGCCGGAAAAGGUGCAGUACGUGCUGGGAGAAAACACCGUCUUUUUUCAGGAGUACCCGCUGUUCCCGCUUGCGGCCGCAUCCGGGGGCGGAUCCUUAUCCACAGAAAAAAACCCAUCCACAUCCAUUUUUUGCAUGGCAAACAGGUGACUUGAUACGUGUUUUGCAUGACAAAUUGGAUGUGAGUGGGUUUUUUUCUGUGGAUAAUCCUCGCCCAGUUCCUCCAGUGCGAAGAACACGACGAGCCGGCUUUGCGUGGAACUCGCGGAGGCCGUGUGCGCGGUCGCGAACGGCAGUGGGGCCGCCAAGGAAGAGAGCGAAGUCGACCCGGUGGAUAUCCUGAGUAAAAACGUACCCAAACCAGAGUCAGGAUGAGGAUUUUGCAACACAAACCUAGGAGUUUUGUGAGUCACGCAUGACAAGUUGGACUAUGCAGUGUAGUGCAGGUUAGCAAGUGCAGCCGCGUCACAGAUUCAUCUGCUCAUCCUGUUCACAGCGUCACAAAUUCCAAAACAGGAUUGGAAAUGGCUCUCAUGGGGAUGCGCAUUACAAGUCUUCCUGUCUUUGCAAUUCUGCAUUACAACUCUGGUGUGGGUAUGUUUUUACUCAGGAUAGUGGAAAACGCCGCGGCCAUACUCCACGUCCCGCUGCUGCCGCUCGACCGACUGGAAGCUGGGUAUCAAACGCAAAAAUGUCUGGGUCUGGAAGAGUGUAGACUUGUCAUGCAGGUUUUCCAUGACUCGUGGGGUCUGGAAUGCGGGACCUAGCAUGACAGAGUCUGUGAGGUCUCUGCCAUGCCUAUCCUGCGUGAGAAACUCCCUCUAAACAUGGUCGACAGUAAGUGGACAGCUUUUGGCACUCAUGCAGCACAGAUUUCUGCAUUAUUCAGAUUUAGCAUGACAAGUUGCAAUCUUCCAGACCCAGACAUUUUUGCAAUCCAUACUGGGCACUUGGAAACCAUCUACGCACUGGUAAAGCGCAAAAUACUCGACAACAACGGCCUGCCGGCGCAGAGCUGGGUCCCGGUCUACGACCUCUUGAAAAAGUAUCUUUUCGUGGCGCUACUGGAGCCGGAGAACCACGCACUGGCCGCAAAAGUCCUGCGGGAGACCUUCUACGCACCGGAGGCGGGUCAAACCCGCCAAUUGUUCAUUCGCAAUAGCACAGAGACUUUUGUCUCCAUGUAUGGCUUGUGUUUGGCAAACGAUGCCGCCGACCCCGAGGCGGAGGACGGCGGGCCGUCGGCAGCGCUCGUCUCGGAAGCCACUCUGUGCGAAUUCGUGAAGUCCCUCAUCAGCGAAGAUUCCGAGCUCAAGUCGGCUUUCAAAAACGUCUUCCGCUACUACAAAGAGCAAAAGCGUGACGAGUUUGAUCGCUCCAUGCUCGCACCGCUGGCCUCGUAGUGCAAGAGGCUUCAGGGUGGGAGACGAGGCAGCGAAAAUGUUGAGCUGAACGAUGGCCGGGAGCGGACGCUAUUGCUCAAGUUCAUACAUACUUUGGAAACGAAAAAGAUCAAUCUUUGAUAAACUAACCUUUGACUGAUAGAUAUCACCCAGUAGAAGCAAGUAGUAGACCUUCUACAACACUAAAAAUGCUACAUAUGACAAAAACCAAAACAAGGAAAUUACAAAUGCGAAACUCGUAUUGCGAAAGGAAACAAGGAAUCAGAGAAGCGCGUUGCGAGCUGCAGUUGAUUUGGCACAACUGUAUCGAGAGGUUGAGGUUGCAACAUUCAUUAUAAAUUACUGUAUCAAACAAAUAAGAACGACCGGAUCGCCGGCACCACGGUAAGGAGUAUAAAAUGUUGGAUGAAGAACAAGAACUACACAGAGGCGAGCAGAAGAAUUUCAGUGCGGAAAAUGGACCACAAGCUCAGGCGGUCACAGCCCCACCAGGUGAUAAAAAUCAUCUUCGAGGACGUUGCUCGCUUUUGUUUUUGC